GCCCAAACGAGACCGAACUAGGCAGCAAGACCGCAAAAAGGUCUUAUGUCAAGGACCCCAGCUAUCAUAUCUCUGUUGAGCGAAUGACGCGAUACUGGCCAAGGAUAACGCGCAUGUUGCCAGAAGAAUUAGCGUCAAGUCCGACCCCCGUGAACAAGGGAAGGCGAAGGCGACCCCCUGCUGGAGCUUUCUUUGGCUCGUAUCUGCUUGAGUGAUAUUUUUAUAGGUGCUUGUUCUUUGUGAUGUGCAAUUUGGUAAUGAAUGCUUUUGGGACGGAACGGAAUUAUAAAACACGGCAAACGGACUUCCCUGUUCUCCCCAAAUGAAAAUUAGAGGUACAGAGCUGUGUAUUUUGUUGCAUGUGCAAUGUUUUAUAGAAAGUUCGAUUGGACCAAUGUUACGAAUGUGAAGCGUGCAAAUGUAUUACAAUACGAGAGAAUAGGAGAGAAGAUAUUCGAAAUUACAAGAUAUAAUCUAUUGGCGAGUAAGACUUCAAAUGACUGCUAAUAGGACCUCGACCAAAAACAAACCACCUGCACAAAGACGGGCCCCUCUGUGUUCCCUUCUUAUAUAAAAAGAAGAAGGGCUGUGGGCUUGGGACCACUAUAGCCACAUUAGCCCGGUGGUUGCUGUGCGCCGAUGCGCUCGAGGGCUCCCUGCUCGAUGCUGGCAGGGUCGAGUGUCGACGAUGGUAGGAUGCGCACCGCAGACGACGUUACUGGCGCCCUUCUUGCUGUCCCGCUGCAAUGGAUCCAGUCCCACUCGAGCGAAUCGAGCUUGGCCUACCAACGCUCUUAUGUGGCAAUGAACCCGAUGCCAGGGCAGAGCGCCUUCCCUGGUAUCCAAUGGAUGGGGUUGCAGCAGCAAGAAAGGCGGUCGUGGGUGAAGGUGGGUGCUGAAGGACCGAGUCGUAGUCGUAGUCGAGUGCCGAAUGUCGAAUGUCGAAAACCGAAGGGCCCACCAUGACCCGGUCGAAAUCGAACCUCCUCGAUGCUGUAGAAGGUUUGUUGGCCCCCCAAUUUCCUGCCUCACCCCCGGAGCAUGGUCCCACUCGAGCGAAUCGAGCUUGGCCUACCAACAAGUGUGCCGACUACAUCGGGACGCCGACAGACUUGCCUUCCCUCAUGCUGGGUCCAAGGGCAAGGGAGAAAACUGAGGAGAUUGACGCCGUCUGCGGGUAUCUACAGAACAGACAAAGAGAAGAGUGACAGAAUACCAGGCCGGGCAGUACCAGCCUGCCCGGUCUGAAUAAUAGAUAUCAUGCACAGAGGUGA